GUGCUCAUAGCAGGCGGGUGUGAGUGUGCUCUCGAGAGAUUACGAUGCCGUCGUCCUGUUCCUGGAUAUUUCCUCUGCUUCUAUGCCUUCAUCUAGCCCUAGCGAAAGUUCAAUAUAAAACAAAAUGCAGCGACGACACAAUGGAGGUAGAACUUCGGCGCACCGAUGACAUCAACGCUAUUUACCUCGAAGGACUCAAGCAUUAUCCAGAUCCAGCCUGUAAGCCUGUAUUAUUCGGACAUCAGGCAGUAUUCAGGUUGUCUUUGAAUGACGUAUUCAAAUGUGGCAUAACAAGGGUCAUCAACCAAGCAACUGGCUUAAGAACAUUUUACCAUAGAAUAAUAAUUGAAACAGAUAAUAAAGACGCACCCAAAGAAGCAAUUCAAGUCAAAUGUUUGCAAGCUGGAAAUCAUACCAUCUUUAAAAGAAACGUACUGCCUGCUGGAUUUCAAGAGCCCAUAGAUUUGGAUAUUACUACAUCCUUAACAGGGCGUGCCCCUCAACCGAAACUCCAGGUAGGAGUUAGGCAAGCAGGGAAACUGGUCACCGGUGAAUUAAAUGUUAAUCCUGGUACACCUCUUCAAAUGGAAAUAUAUUUAGACAAAAAGUCAGCACCAGUAUAUGGUCUACUCGUUAGCUACAUGCUAGUUAGCGAUACAAAAACACAAGAAGAAACAAUAAUUUUCAAUGGGUGUUCAGUCGACCCAUAUCUGUUCGAGAAUUUCAAUACAGUUGAUGGUGAUUUCUUGUCAGCCAAGUUCAGGGCAUUUAAAUUUCCUGAUUCAACAUAUGUGCAGUUCAAAGGAACAGUCAACGUAUGUCUAGAUAAAUGCAGAGGGAUUGAAUGCAGUAAUGGACAAAUUGGCUUUGGAAGGAGAAAGAGGGAAGUUCCAUCGAUGCCACCAGACCCUAAUAAAGUAUUUGAAGUAUCUAUUACUUCAUUCAUCAAGGUGGACUAUAAGGAAGGAGAAAUUUCUAACAAAGUUAAACUGGACAUUGGAGAUGCACCUGUAGCAGAAGAAAAAAAUGUAACCAGCAAUAGUGUCACUGAUACUAAGCAGGAAUUGAAACUCGAAGGAGAAGAAAUUAGGGAAGGUUUUGUUUACACCGUAAUAGAAGAAACGAACAGCUGCUUCCAGCAAACAGCCAAUGUAUUAAUGAUAAUUCUGACUUUUGUUCUAUGUGUUUAUCAUUGAUGCAGUGAUCUUUUGGUAUUCAAUGACAAAAACUGUACUUCAUAAAAGAAAGUAAUAUCUUGCCAUUGCUCUAUUUGCUAAAUUUUGGAAACUGAAAAUAUGGUUCCUACAUAUUCCCUUAAGAACAUAAUCAGAUUGAUUUUAUUCCACAAUAGCACUAAAGUUUUUAACAUUACCUUUAAAUCAUAUUUAAUGUGAUGAUAAUUGAAGUAAUCAUCAUAUAACUUCUGUAAUGUAAUAUGAAGAAAUAGGUGUGUAACCAUUAACAUUACUUAACUGCUUGUAUUUUAACAAAUGCCAUAGUAUAUUUAUAGUAAGAAUAAUUUUUGUAACUAAAGAUUAAUCAUUUAAUUUAAAGAUUAAUUAUUGUCAACAGAAUUUUGAGUAGUAAAAUACAUUAAGUAUUAAUUGUUAUCGCUUGAUUUAAAUUUAUAGAAAGAAAAAAAAACUUUUGAAACAGAGUCUUGAUUCUUAAAGGAGAAUCUUCCUAUUAGUUUAAAUUUUAAACUUAUAAAAUUGAAGUAUGAAACAUCAAAUGGCAGCAUGUAUUGCAUUUCUUUACUAUUUUUAUUGAUUAGUUAUUUGUGUAGCUAUUACAAAGAUAAUGGCUAAUUCCUUCGAAAUGCAACUCCUAAUUUUAGUUCAUAUAGUGCUGGAUCUCUUCCGAAUGAAAAUUGGGCUUUGCAUACGAAGGCUUGUGAUAGCACUAAAUGUACCAUAGUUGUGUAUUUUACAAAUGAGUUAUGUAGUUUAAAAAUGUAAAUAAAAAAAUACAAUAGGUGUGUAGUUGUUCAUGAAUGUUUUACAAGUUAAUAUGACUUCAAUUAUUUUUU